AUGUCAGCAGAACGGCCCUCAACACCACCUUCGCAGCCCAAGGGCUGGGAAGCAGGACAGCUUCCCCGCGCUCCUAUCACUCCAGAACAACAACGGAGGAUGGAAAUCAGUCGCAUGAAAGCUAAAGCUCUUCGGGAGAAACGUGAAGCCGAACUAUCUCAAGCCGGUCCAAAUAACUCCAAGUCGGUGACAGGCACCAAGCGCUCGUUCACCUCGAUGGCGGCAUCCAACCAACCUGCUAAUAUGCGCGAUGCAUCUUCUUCAAAUCGCCCACUAGACUCGAUUAAGCCAGCCCGAAAUUUCACAAGCUAUGUCGACUAUGAUUUUAGCAAGAUGACCGACACAAAGGGUGGGUUUUUGACACAGGAGGAUGACCCGUUCAAUAAACAACUACACGUGCCCGAUGGGAAAGAACAAAAGCCAGCACAUAUGACGCAGAAAGAAUGGGAACGCGAUCAGAUACUCCAGUCACUGAAGCGAAAUCGGGAGGGACCCUUUGAACCAGGUCUCAGUGUCCUAGAUGAUAAAAGCAAGCAGAAGACAUGUCGUGAAUGUGGCAGUAUCGAAAUUGAUUGGAAAUGGGAAGAGGAACUUAAAUGCUGCAUCUGCCAUACUUGCAAGGAGAAGCACCCAGAGAAAUACAGUUUGUUGACCAAGACGGAAGCCAAAGAAGAUUAUCUCUUGACAGAUCCUGAACUCCGAGACGAAGAGCUUCUUCCACGCCUCGAGCGUCCGAAUCCACACAAAUCUACAUGGAACAGCAUGAUGUUGUAUCUACGAUACCAGGUCGAAGAAUAUGCGUUUUCCGACAAGAAAUGGGGCUCAACGGAGGCGCUGGAUGCCGAGUUUGAACGGCGAGAAAAUGAUAAGAAACGGCGACGGGAGGCUAAAUUCAAAACGAAGCUGCAGGAGCUGAAGAAACGCACACGUGUGGAGGCCUACCGGCGCAAUCGACAAGGUGCUUCAGGCGGAGAGUUUGGCGAUGAUCUCGGUUCUGGACGGAAGCAUGUUCAUCAAUGGGGCCGAUCCAUCGAGAAUCCAGAAACUGGAAUUGGGGUCAAGACGUGUGUAGAAUGUGGGAUGGAGGUGGAAGAGCUCGAGUUUUAG